UUAGGCGAGAUGAAUCCACGCGUAGGGUGGGAUGCGAUGGGUCGAGGUUACCAUGCUUGAACCCCUCGAACUCCCCCGCGCUUAUAUAUCAAGGGUGCGGGCAGACCUCUUCCUCCCAAAUUGUCCCCAUCCUCCUCUUCUCGACUCCUCCUCCCCAUGCACAACACAGUCCUGAAGGUCUUGUGAACCAGGGAGCGAGUGACACGAGACAGGAACGAGAGAGAGGCCAGACAAGCUCCUCCUACAGCAAAAUUCCGACGGGUGUGUGGGUGUGGGGGUGUGUGUGAGAGAGAGAAAGAUUCUGCAGCGUGAUUUUACGUUGAAGCGGAAGGGAACAUUUGGAAGAGGGAGACGGGAAGGAUGACGGAGAUGGAGAUGCAACCCCGAUCGCAGCUGGAAGCAGACGAGGAAGGUGCCGGUCGUCGUCCCAUCUUCGCCACGGCCCGCCAUCCGGUUACUCUCAAGUUCGAGGAUGUGGUGUACAAGAUCGAGGUGAAGGCAGACGGCUCCAGGAAGGGCGAGAAGACGAUACUGAAGGGGGUGUCCGGGGCCGUGCUCCCGGGGGAGAUGCUGGCGAUGAUGGGACCCUCGGGGAGCGGGAAGACCACCUUGCUUACGGCCCUGGCUGGUCGCCUUGCCCGCCCCGGCCGCCGCCUCUCCGGUAGCAUCACCUACAACGGUCGGCCCUUCUCCAACCAGCUCCGGCGCAAUAUGGGCUUCGUCUCCCAGGACGACAUCCUCUACCCCCACCUCACCGUCUCCGAGACCCUCCUCUACACCGCCCUCCUCCGCCUCCCGCGCACCCUCUCCCGCACCGAGAAGGCGGCCCAGGCCGAGCAGGUCAUGGUCGAGCUCGGCCUCCUCGGCUGCUGCAACAGCAUGAUCGGCGGGUCCCUCGUGCGCGGGAUCUCCGGUGGGGAGCGCAAGCGGGUCAGCAUCGGCCAGGAGCUGCUCAUCAACCCCAGCCUGUUGUUCCUCGACGAGCCUACCUCCGGCCUCGACUCCACCAUCGCCGGCCGGAUCGUGACCACCAUCGCCGACCUCGCCCGGGGGGGCAGGACCGUGGUGAUGACCAUCCACCAGCCCUCCAGCCGGAUCUUCUACAUGUUCCACAAGAUCCUGCUGCUCUCCGACGGCCACACCCUUUACUUCGGCAAGGGCUCCGACGCCAUGAACUAUUUCGCCAGCAUCGGCUACGCCCCCGCCGUGGCCAUGAAUCCCGCCGACUUCCUUCUCGACCUUGCCAACGGUUUGGCUCCCGAUGAAACACUGCAGAGCCAAGAAGCUCUUAAGGAGACUUUGUCCUCUGCCUACUCUCACCGCUUGCAUAAUCAGAUAGUUGAGGAGCUCCGAGAAGUAGGAGGAGAAUUUAAAGAAUCUGAGCUCCAUAAAACUAGAAACGAGUGGUCUACAACCUGGUGGGAACAAUUCUCAGUGUUGCUCCAGAGAGGCAUGAAAGAAAGGAAGCACCAGGCCUUCUCUGGAUUCCAGGUUGCACAGAUUAUUAUAGUGGCUUUUCUUGGAGGGUUUAUGUGGUAUGGAUCCAGAGGACAUGUUCAAGACCAGAUGGGCCUCCUUUACUUUAUCCUGGGAUUCUGGAGUUUCUACCCCGUCUUCGAAGCCUUAUUCACUUUCCCACAGGAACGCACGAUGCUGACUAAAGAGAGAGUUUCGGGAAUGUACAGGCUCUCCUCCUACUUCACGGCUAGGAUGGUUGGUGAUUUGCCCAUGGAGCUUAUCCUCCCCAUUGUGUUCCUCACCAUCACGUACUGGUUGGGAGGUCUGAAGCAUAGCUUGUGGAGCUUCCUCAUUACCCUGUCUAUCAUGCUCCUGCAGGUUCUUAUCGCCCAAGGCCUCGGGUUUGCACUCGGGGCCUUGGUCAUGGACCUCAAGGCUUCUACCACGCUUGCGUCCGUGAUCUUGCUUUCCUUCAUGCUCGCUGGGGGGUACUACGUCCAACAUGUGCCCCCUUUCAUUGCCUGGAUCAAGUACAUCUCCUACAUCUACUACACCUUCAAGAUCCAGAUAUCCGCUCAGUACUCGUCCGGCGACACCUACGAGUGCUCCGGUGGCCAGAGAUGUCCUGUUGAAAGUGUUCCUGCAAUUGCUGUAGUCGGCUUUAGCCAUCAAAGUCUAGCAAUUGCGGCCUUGUUCAUAAUGUUCAUCUUUUUUAGGGUGGUGGCUUAUGUUGCCUUGAUAAGGGUCGGAAGGAUCAAGUCGGGCAAUAGUUCUUGCAUACAUUAACUCUCCAGAAAAAAGGAAAUUUUGUAACUCAAAACUAAGGGUUUGUAACUCGUAAUAUGAAGAUUUUAACAUAAAAGGGUUUGUAACUCACCAGGCCUUCCUGAUGCCUGUUGUCCCUCAAAGAAUAAAAGGCUUGUUUUCCAAUCUUU